AUGUGGCGAACAGCUAUCGCGCAGAUGGCGCGCGUGAUGGCGCCGGUCCGUUGCUCUGGAGCUCGCUUUGCUUCCAUCAAUGGCAAUCAGGUCCGCACAGGUAUGGCCCUCGAGAUCGACGGCGUCAUUUAUCGCGUUGGCAAGAACCAGCACGUGAAACCAGGCAAGGGUGGCGCGUAUGUGCAGGUUGAGUUGAAGGAGAUCAAGAGUGGAGCCAAAGUGAACCGUCGCUUUCGAGCUGCGGAGACCGUGACUAAAGCACCGCUGGGACCGGACGAGCAGUUCCAGUUCCUGUACUUUAACGGGGACCACCUCGUCAUCAUGCACAACACGACGUUCGAUCAGAUGGAGAUUGAGCGCAGUCUUUUCUCGGGUCGCCAACUCGAGUUUCUGCAGGAGGGCAUGACGCUGUCGUUGCAGAUCAUUGAGAGCGACGUGCUGUGGGCAAACAUGCCAGAGUACGUGACGCUCGAAGUGACGAAAACCACCCCGAAAGGUGUGGCAGACACGGUGCUGAGCGUAAAGGACGCGACGCUGGAGAACGGUGCUGUUGUGAAGGUGCCACUGUUCAUCGAGAUCGGCAAUAAGGUCAAGGUGACCACAGACGACGGGUCGUACGUCGACAAAUUGUAG